AAUUCUUCACUCUAAAGUCUUAAGUAAUCAAAUAAAUUAUUAGUGAUUUGAGAUUUGAUUAAUAAAAUAUAUAUUAAAAUAAAAUAAAUUGAAAGUUACAGUUGGAAUCGAACACUACUGAUGGCUGUUUAGCGCGUUUAUCAUAGAGAAAAAAAAAAUAGUGUCUGAAGAUUAAAAAGAAAAAAAAAAAAGCAACUUGUUUAUCAUCAUUUAUUAAUAGCUUUUUGCAUGUAUCUAAUUCAUACCAUUUUUCAUUUGAUUAGUUUUCUUUUUCUUUUUUUUCAGCUUUUUCACGAGCAGUGUCGUGAUUGGGUCGAUACAAAAACCGCCUACACACUCUUUACAGUAUAUCAAAGAGAGCUCGCCAUUAUCAAGAGCAAAUAAAAAGAGAGUUUUUUUUUUAAGUUUAAAACUAAUGGAAAGUGCUUCUUAUUAGAUCAUAAUUUGAUGAAAUCUCGCUUAUUUUAAGCUGGUUUUGCGCUAUCUUUCUAUUUGCAGCUCUGCUCCUACAAACAAGGUACUGUUUUUGCUUCUGUAAAAAAAAGUUUCUUACUGUUUUUGGAUUUGUUAGAUUGGAUACCAUUUCGAUUUUCUAAUUAUUGAUCCAAAAUGGGUUUUCUUCAUUUUAAUCUGGGCUUUCAUUAAAUUCUUCGUAUUGGGCAGCUAAGAGAAGUGAAUUUUAAUGGGAAAUUAAUGAUUUUUGAAUGCAAAUGAGCUUACUCUUUAAUGCUUUCAGGUGGCGGAACUCACUCAAAGUUUAUUGUAUGGAAAUGUUUGAACGAUGUCCCGGCAUCUGCCUCUGCAUCGAGGUGUAUCCGGACUGCGGAACUUGAGUAACAGCAAUGAUUUUUGGGAUUCUGAAGUGAAAGAUAAAACGGAAAAGGAAGAUUUGGAUAGAAAUCGUGCUUCUGAUCAGAGCUAUUUAUCUCUCAGGUUUCCUUUUCGUUUACUUUGUCCGGAUAAUUCUCCUUCCAAAUAUGGUGUCACUGAGAAUGGUUUUGCAUCUGAUCCCUUCAGCGUUGGGAGUCCGAGAAGCCGGCAUAAGUUAACAGUGCUGUUUUUGAAGUUAAGUUUAGUUGUGAUUGUGAUUCUUGCUCUCACUGGAUCGUUUUGGUGGACACUCUCCAUUUCGACAUUGUCUAGGGGUCAUAUAUUUCAUGGUUAUAGGCGACUUCAAGAGCAGCUUGUUUUGGAUUUGUGGGAUAUAGGGGAACUUUCACUUGGUGCUUCAAGGAUGAAAGAAAUCGACUUUUGUCCCGAGGAGUCUGAGAAUCAUAUUCCUUGCUUUAACAUUUCGGAGAAUCUUGCUUUGGGUUAUUCUGACAGUAGCGAGUAUGAUCGGCAAUGUGGACAAGGCUCAAGGCAAAGUUGUUUAGUUCUUCCACCCGUGAACUAUAAAAUUCCACUUAGAUGGCCAACUGGGAGAGAUGUCAUUUGGGUUGCAAAUGUCAAAAUUACUGGUCAAGAGGUGUUCACCUCUGGCAGUUUAACCAAGAGAAUGAUGAUGCUGGAGGAAGAGCAGAUUUCAUUCCGAUCAGCAUCACUUAUGUUUGAUGGUGUGGAAGACUAUUCCCAUCAGAUUGCUGAAAUGAUUGGAUUGAGAAAUGAAUCUAACUUCAUACAAGCUGGGGUCAGAACCAUCUUGGAUAUAGGAUGUGGUUAUGGAAGCUUUGGAGCACAUCUUUUUUCCAAACAGCUCUUAACCAUGUGCAUUGCAAAUUAUGAGUCAUCAGGCAGUCAAGUCCAACUCACUCUAGAAAGGGGCCUUCCUGCAAUGAUCGGUUCUUUCAAUGCAAAACAAUUGCCAUAUCCAUCUCUUUCAUUUGAUAUGCUGCAUUGUGCACGCUGCGGUAUUGACUGGGAUGAAAAAGAUGGUAUUUUCUUGAUUGAAGUUGAUAGAGUUCUAAAGCCUGGUGGAUACUUUGUAUGGACUUCACCUCUUACCAAUGUUCAGAGUUUUCUUCGUAACAAAGAGAAGCAGAAAAGGUGGAACUUUGUCCGUGAUUUUGCAGAAAAUCUCUGCUGGGAGUUGAUGUCACAACAAGAGGAAACUGUGUUGUGGAAAAAGACCAGUAAAAAAAAUUGUUACAAUUCCAGGAAGCCUGGUUCUGGUCCUCCUAUCUGUAGCAAAGGACAAGACGUUGAAUCUCCAUACUAUCGACCUCUGCAGAACUGUAUAGGUGGUACUCAUAGCCGCCGAUGGCUUCCUAUUGAGGAGAGACCCACCUGGCCUUCUAGGUCUAACUUGAACAAGAAUGAACUUGCUCUUUAUGGAUUACACUCCGAAGAACUCAAUGAGGAUACCGCAAACUCUAGAACAGCUGUUCGUAAUUACUGGUCACUCCUGUCACCCCUAAUAUUCUCGGAUCAUCCAAAGAGACCUGGUGACGAGGAUCCUUCUCCACCUCAUAACAUGCUCAGAAAUGUUUUAGAUAUGAAUGCUCGUUAUGGUGGUUUAAAUGCUGCAUUACUGGAAGGAGGGAAGUCUGUCUGGGUUAUGAAUGUAGUCCCAACAAGUGGACCUAACUACCUUCCCCUCAUUCUUGACAGGGGCUAUGUUGGUGUAUUACAUGAUUGGUGUGAAGCAUUUCCAACAUAUCCUAGAACUUAUGACAUGGUCCACGCAGAUGGACUUCUAUCCCUUGAGACUAGUCAACAUCGGAGAUGCACCAUGCUUGAUCUAUUCACUGAGAUAGAUCGGUUGCUUCGUCCUGAGGGUUGGAUACUAAUCCGUGACGCCGCUCCUCUUGUUGAAUCAGCCAGAGCUCUAACGACACGGUUGAAGUGGGAUGCCAGAAUCAUAGAAAUUGAAAGUAACAGCGAUGAGCGGCUCCUUAUUUGUCAGAAACCUUUCUUUAAGAAGCAAGCAAUGUGAGAACAAUUUCUCCAUUAAACCCUAGUUUAUGUCUUGGUAUUCAAACUCCUUCUGUGCAAGUUACCUAAUCAUCGUAAAGCUCCACCAUGGAAAGAGGAAUACCAUAUAUUUUGAACAGAAAGAAGCAAGAAAAAAAAACAAACCAAUGGUGACAACUCCUAUGGAGCCGUAAGGCGAACAUAGGGACUUGUAAUUACUCGAUUGAGGUACAAUUGCAAGUGAGAACUAUAGGGUGAGAUUUUAAAAAUUUUCAUGUUUAUGUCUCAUUAUGAUUAUACAAACACAUGAUUAAGAUUGUGAAAGAUGAUUUACAGAAUAAGCAAGUGCUAUUUGCUGUGCAGUAUAGAAAACAAAAAAGAAGAAAAAAAAGAAAAAAAAAGAGGGAUUUCUUGACACUGUCAUUUAUUAUGAAGUUUUUUAUUCUUCAUUUGAUUAUUCUCUAUGAUACCAUUUAUAUUCAAUGAAGGAAACUCAUACUGAAUAGUUUUUAUUCAUUGAACUUGUGCUUUUGUCAGAUGUAGUUGAAUGUUGUGUAUGCAGUACUGUAUAUAUAUGGAAAGCAUAUAGCAGAUCAUUAAAGUUGCAGAAA